AUGGUGCAAAGAGUGGUUGAGAAAAAGGAGUACCUUCAAGCAUUGGAACUUAUUAAACGAAUUGUCUUUGUAGCCAAUCGAUGUAUAUUGAUUGUCACAGAUAGCGAAAAUACAUUUGACUAUCAUGGAAAUAUUCCCACGAUUGCAAUUAAACCAGAUCGAGACGAUUUUAAUGCAUCCAAUCCAUUUUACGGUUACUACGGCUGCAAAAAUAUAAUAGUUAAAAGCGACAAACCAGUGAGUACUUUUAAAUUUAUUGAGAAAGAAAUAAGACUCAGUUUGGAACGAUUUCAUUUGAGGAAAUACUUAAUUGCACCAGGGAACAGUGUGAUGGAAGACAUCCUGGAUAUAUUUUCAACCUACGAGAUUAAUUACGUCACAGACAUAGUCGUUAUUGAACAAAAUGGCUUCAGUUCCGAGAUCACAAAAUUUUGGUAUUCCCAACUGGAAUCGUAUAGUCUGUGGACUCACAAAUAUAUGGAACUAGAUAACAACUGUGAAAAAGUAUUAUUGGAUGUUUGGUAUUCAAAAAAUAAAUCAUUUGUGUUUGACAACAACUUGUAUCCAGAUAAACUUAAAAACCAGAUGGGACGUGUACUGAAAUUGGCAACUAUGCAUUAUGUACCAUACAACAUUAUAGAGGGUUUCACUCCCGAAGAAUAUAAAGGGACCGAGUCAUCUGCUUUAAAACUUUUUGCCCAAGAAGUAAACACUACGUACAAAUUUUUAAAUAAUAAUAAUGAAGAAGAACGAUGGGGGGACAUUUACGAAAAUUGGACCGGAGAUGGUUUGCUGGGUCUUGUGGUCGAUGAUACGGUUGACUUUACAUUCUCUGCCAUGGGUCCUUGGGGACAACUACAUCCUUACGUGGAUUUUUCAGUAACAUUUGAAAGAUCCGGAAUCACUUGUAUUGUACCAGCACCAACGCUAGCUGCAGGAUGGCUUACACCUUGGUAUUCUUAUUCUAACAGCAUGUGGAGCUUAGUAGGAGCUAGCUUUUUGACUUGUGCUUUCGUUCACUUUCUUAUGGCUUUGUUAAAAACAAAAAUGCUCAUUAACAGCUCGACAGAGUUAGCGAACAAAUCGUUUGGAAAUUCCAUUCUAGUAAUGGUAAAAAUAUUUCUCGUUCAGUGUGUUGACGAUGUCGAUUCUCCUCCAGGAAGAUACGGCACUUUAUUCAUGGGACUGCUUUUUAUGUACAGCCUUUUUCUAUCCAGUACCUACAGUAGUGGAUUAGCUGCAGUUAUGACUUUACCGAGAUAUAACCACCCAAUUGAAACAGUACAAGAUCUGUUGGAUAGUGGUAUUCCAUGGGUUGCUCCUCACGAGAUUUGGAUUUUUUCCAUAUCGCAUUCAGAGGUGCCAAUCUUUAAAGCAAUUAUAAACGCUUUUCUAGCAGAACCUUCGGAAGAAAAGUUACAAGAUUUUUCCAAAACACGUGAUUACACUUUUGCUGUGGAAAGAUUACCACAAGCUACUUUUGCUUUUCCAAUCGACAUUCAUGAUGACGUAAUUGAAAAUUUUAGAGUCCUAAAGGAAGAUUUAUACUUCGAACAGUUGGUUGUUAUUGCAAGAAAAAGUUCUGUGAUACUGCCCGUCCUCAACAAAUAUCUCUUAAGAUUUUGUGAAUUGGGUCUUAUUGAUCAUUGGCAAAACGAGGCAGUACUUUUGUUUGGAAAUCCACAUAUGUCGAGAGCAAUAUUAAGUAAUGCCAAAACCGCUACAGUAGGUAAACUAAAAUGGACUCAUGUUGAAGGAGCAUUUGGCGUUUUGAUAUUUGGACAACUAAUAGGGCUCCUAGUAUUCAUAUUUGAAAUUGGAGAAGCUCGUUAUAAAAGAGAAAAAGAUAUACAUACAAUUUCUUAG